AUGGCUCAAGUUUGUCACACAUGUAGACAUGUAACAGCCGUGAUCCAUUGUGUUACAGAAGCUCUUAACUUCUGCCUUACAUGUGACAACCUUCGCCAUCAUAAUAACAUACAUGCAGAACACGUACGUUACCAACUUUGCGAUAACUGCUCGAUGUAUCCGUCUAUACUUUUCUGUUAUGAGGACGGGAUGGUUCUUUGUCAAUCAUGUUAUUCGCACCAUUACAAUUGUGCCACUAAUGGCCAUCAAACUCAAGUCGUCUUCGCUAACAUGAAUAAUCAACACCAUGAUCAUGCACAUAUGCCUCAUGUGGUUCACCAUAACAAUAACAAUAAUCAUCAGCAGCAGCAUGUGGGUGGUCACCAAAGAAGAGCAGAGAUGUUUGAGAGGAGCUGCCACGGGGAUAACAAUUGCGAGAGAUGGAUGUUUGCAAUGAGAUGUGAGUUAUGCGUAGCUUCGAAUUCAAAUGCUGUUGUUUAUUGUCCUACACACAACCAGAUUCUAUGCGAUAGUUGCGACCGGAUGAUUCACAGUCACGAGGACGCGGUGCCGCCGCAUUCGAGGUGUAAGCUUUGCGUAAUCUGCAAGAGACCUUCUCGCCGUUUUCUCAUUGGCGGCUAUCAGUUUAAUUUCCCACCGGUUCAUCCUCCUGCGGCAGAGGGGAUUCCAGUUACGCCCCCAACAGAACUACCUCAACAAGAUAUUAAUUAUGAUUAUCUAGAUGAUGUUGAUGAUUUUUCUUGGUUUGGUAGGUGA